AAAAAGGUGUCUAUUUUACAUCAAACCUUACAAAUUUGAAUAAAGAAUUUCUUCGGUUCCAAGAGAGUGACUCAAAUAGUUUGUCGGGUCAAGUGUUAUCUUUUAAAGAUGAAGUGCUUCCCGUUAUAUUGCCCAAACUUUUUGAUAACGUUGUUAGAUUUUUUCUGUAUUAUGUAACAUGGAAAAUAAAUGUUAUAAAGUUAUUGUCCAAAGAUUGUUAUGUCGAGUUUAUUGUUGAAAUAAUUGAUAUAUAUAGUAAUCUUACCAAAUGUCAUAAAUUAACAUUAACAUAUGAAAAUUUAUCAGAGCUUAUUGGAUUGGGCUGGAUUGAAUAUACACUUCCAUUUGAAGUAAAUAAAUGGGCACAACCUUCAAUUAUCCUAAAAGAUAAUUCUAUUAUAAUGCAAGUUGAUUAUGUCCGAUUAAUGCCAAAUAAAAGGGACACAGUUUAUGUUCCUAAAAUGAAUGAACCCUUACCAAUCAAUAAAUUUUACCCAAACGUUCCAGAAGCUUUUAAUGACAAGUACUUUUCAAAGAAGGAAAUGGAAACUUUGAUUGAAUUAAAGGACAUCAUUAAUUAG